GGGCGGGGGCUGACUCCUAUUCUCCUUCCCUCCCUCCUCUUGCUCUCUUUCCAAGUUUCUGCUCCUCCCUCCUUCUCACAAACUUUCCCGUCUCUCUUGCUCGGUUCCCGGCUCGCUCCCCUCGGGUGCGCGGCGGAUUCGCUUAGCCUUCGCCAGCCCGUCGCUUCGACCCUGCCCCGCUGCUCUUGUCACGUCCACCCCGCGGACCGAACCGGACCUUCAAACCGGCGGCGGGGAUUUGGCACCCACCCUUUCCCGGACGGAGGACUUGAGCUGACAAAUUGCCUUUUGGGGCUCAGGGUCAGAGCCCAGAGCAGCCAUCACAAUAGCGUCCAACAGCUGGAACACCAGCGGCAGCCCUGGGGAGGGGCGAGAAGAUGGACAAGAAGGAAUGGACAAAAGUCUGGACAAUGAUGCCGAAGGAGUGUGGAGUCCAGACAUUGAACAGAGCUUCCAGGAGGCACUGGCAAUAUAUCCGCCCUGUGGUCGGCGGAAGAUUAUCCUCUCAGAUGAAGGCAAAAUGUAUGGACGCAAUGAACUGAUAGCAAGAUACAUCAAGCUACGGACAGGGAAGACAAGGACUAGAAAACAGGUGUCCAGCCAUAUACAGGUUCUAGCUCGGAAGAAGGUGCGAGAGUACCAGGUUGGCAUAAAGGUCUCUAGCCACUUGCAGGUUCUAGCCAGACGGAAAUCUCGUGAGAUUCAGUCCAAGCUGAAGGCUAUGAACCUGGAUCAAGUCUCAAAGGACAAGGCAUUGCAGAGUAUGGCUUCCAUGUCUUCAGCACAGAUUGUAUCUGCCAGUGUCCUGCAGAACAAGCUGAGUCCUCCUCCUCCACUCCCUCAGGCUGUCUUCUCUGCUGCUCCCAGGUUUUGGAGUGGGCCUAUCCCAGGACAGUCUGGAUCUUCUCAGGACAUUAAACCUUUUGCACAACCAGCCUACCCCAUUCAGCCACCCAUGCCUCCAUCACUAGCCAGCUAUGAGCCCUUGGCUCCUCUUCCACCUUCUGCCUCAGCUGUGCCAGUCUGGCAGGACCGAACGAUUGCCUCUGCCAAGUUGCGGCUCCUUGAGUAUUCAGCAUUCAUGGAAGUACAGCGUGACCCUGAAACGUAUAGCAAACAUCUUUUUGUGCAUAUCGGACAGACGAACCCCUCAUACAGUGACCCACUCCUGGAAGCAGUGGACAUACGCCAGAUUUAUGACAAGUUUCCUGAGAAAAAAGGGGGCCUGAAAGAACUCUAUGAGAGAGGACCCCAGAACUCCUUUUUCCUUGUCAAGUUUUGGGCGGAUCUGAACAGCACUAUACAGGAUGGUCCUGGUGCUUUUUAUGGUGUAAGCAGCCAAUAUAGCAGUGCUGAAAACAUGACCAUCACAGUCUCCACUAAAGUGUGCUCCUUUGGAAAACAAGUUGUUGAAAAGGUGGAGACUGAAUUUGCUCGGAUGGAGAAUGGAAGAUGUGUGUAUCGAAUCCAUCGGUCUCCUAUGUGCGAGUAUAUGAUCAACUUCAUCCAUAAACUGAAACAUCUUCCAGAAAAAUACAUGAUGAAUAGUGUCCUGGAGAAUUUCACCAUCCUACAGGUUGUUACAAACAGAGAUACCCAGGAAACAUUACUUUGCAUAGCGUUUGUUUUCGAGGUAUCAACCAGUGAGCAUGGAGCUCAGCAUCAUGUGUACAAGUUGGUCAAAGACUAAAAGCCCCUCUGGGUUGACUGGACAAUUUAAAGAAGAGGGAGGAAAGAAAAGUCUUGUCAGAGAAGCCACCUCUAUAGGAUGCCUUGACACACAUCCUUUGAAAAUGAACAAAGAAAAAAAUGCCAAAAAAUGACUUUUCACAAUCACAGAUGUUUUCUACUUAGGAACGUUUUGAACAAACAAACAGAAAAAAAAUAAGCAUUACAAGAAAGCAUAAAGUGAAAGGAGAAUUGUAUCUGGAGGCAGCAGGAAGAACUGAUCUUGGGGGCUAGGCCAUCAGUAUUUUAGGAGAUGUUGGUGCCAAGGUCUGGUACCUCUUGAUGCCUUCCCAGCAACAGAAUGCUAACAGCAUCUGAUGAAACGAGACUCUUGUUAAUAUCCGUAUGUGCCUAUGUUUUCCAUGCCAAAUUCCAGAUUCUGUCCUAGUGGCUUCGAUCUGCCGAGAACAAUUAAUAUGGGCAGGCUGAAGAUGCUUGUUCUAAGAAAGGUGGGAAAUCUGAUGCUGCCUUUGAACCGAUCUAGUCCCUGAGGAAGAUAAUGAAUUUUUUUAAAAAAAAAAUAUCUCUUGAUUCAGUCUGUGUGCAGUGCCAACAUAGGGAGUUGGGGCAACAUGGGGAGUUGUUGGUUAAUUAUAAGGAAAUAACUUUAUUCCCUCAAUACCCUGGGCAUUUUAAAUGCAGGAUUACUGCAUCGUCCCACCUCCCCACCCAAGCUGAGAAGCUGGUGGAAGGCUUCUGCUGAUGAUUAUGACAAAAAGUGUGGCAAUUUUUUCCCAGAUGCUUGAAAAGAAGAGAUGAGUAAUAGUAGUAUGAGAUUGGGGAAGGGGAAGAAGGCAAGGGUAUGAAUGGGUAAGAAAGAGAGAGACUGAUUGACUGACUGACUGACUAACUGACUGACUGACUUGGAAAAAAAAGAACGAGAACCCCAGCAAGCAAAAGAAGGUCUUAAAAGUAUUUGUGGGAUAUUAUAAGUUAGAGUAUGUAUUAGAAGAAGGGGGGCACUGGGAGGAAAGCAGAUCAGGUAAUCAUGAAAUUAACAGUCUGACUAGGCUAGGGGGUUGUGAGAUAGCUGUCUAAGAUAGUGUCUUUUAACCUUAACAACUUUUAAAGUUUUGCAGACAGCUGGCUGGGGAAAUCUGGGAGCUGAAGUCCACAGAUCUUAAAGUUGCCAAGGUUGAGAAACAUUGGUAUAAUGGUCUAGGGAAAUGUUUGGGCUGGCUAAGGCUGAGUAAUUUGGACAUAUUUCCAUACGUCUGUGGGAAUUUAACAACUCUCAUAAGAAGCUAUUUCUCUUUUUGUUUUUACAUUUGCCUUGCCAAAAACAUUAUGGGAAAAGCAUAGACCAAAGCAUUAUUCUGGUGAGGUAUUAAUUUGUCUUCUGCUUCUGUGUUAGUCACAGAAAAAAUGUCAGAAUAUAAUUAUCCAGGUACAUUUCCCCCCUCCCCCCUCUGUAUUACAUAUUUUUCCCUGCAGGGUUUGCUAGUAUCAAAAUAAUUAUAAGGAGAUACUGAAAGACGAAAUGCAGUCCCACGUCACUUGAAAGCUAUAUUGUUUCUUGCUGAAAAUGCUGACGUUUAAGUCUAAACCCAGGCCUCUGAUUUUAAACAUAGAGUUUAACAUAGUUGCCUUCUAAUUUAGAUUGGUGCUUUUAGGAAUUCUGUUACAGAAAUAGCGUCAAGAUCAUCAUGCAUGGCAUCUCCUGGACUGAGGCUCAUAACUUUCAACUAUACCCUGUCUAACAAUUAGCAUGUAGUUUUGAGUAAUAGAGGAUUUAACAGAAUGUAUUAUUUUUGCCUGCCCCUACCAUUGAGUCUCUAUCACUGAGCUUUUCCUAUCUUGUCCUAUGGGUUUUUUUACUGAAACAAAAAGCACCUCCUUCUUGUCUAAUUCCUUCUGAUCAACCCAGCAAGACUAACCCCUAGACCAUUGACCUUUCUCAAAGCCAGUAGAAUUUUGAACUCCCAAGCAGGUACUUGGGAAAGGGGCACACUACAAGGCAAGGCAAGGCAAGGGUGCGAUUGUUGGAAAAGGGAGCACAGGAGGUUACUCCUUUCUAAAACGAUUUGGAAUGCACAGGUCAAAGCCUGCCGCUAUUACGUUUUCAUGCUUGGGUAUCUGUCCCCCUUUAAAUGGAGGGUUGGUUUUUGUUUUUUUUUUUAAGGUGCUGUAAGGAGACAUUUCAUCACAAUGAAAUGUUAUUUUCACCAUAGUAUUAGCAUGUACGGAGGGCAGCCCCCAAAGAGACUGUGAAAAGUAGAUGGGAAAUUUCAGAAUAAAAAUAUGUUAAAACAGAUGAGUUGUGAAUUUAGUUCAUGGCACUGGGUCACAUAAUAUUCAGGUUAAACUUCUGCCUUAUCAUUGGUUAUUCCUUCUUUUUCAAGGGGUUUCGUGCUUGGGGGGGAGGUGUUGUUUUUGCCACUGUCUGUCUGUCUGUCUGUCUGUCUGAGAGGGUAGAUAAUAGAUUUGUUUUCAUAAAAUCAUGAUCUCUUUUUCAUAACUGACGUGGGCCUCAUUUUCACUAUUGGCCUGUAUGACCACUACAUUACUGAUCUAGUACAGUUUUCACUACCUGAAUGGUCAGCUUUUGCUGGAAGGACCAGUACAAAGGCACUGGCUAAUUCAGUGUUUGAUCAGAAGAGUAAGAAUGUUCCUAAGAGCCGUCGGACUGUUGUUUGAGUGACACAUGCAACUCCAAGGUGGCAACAUAAGAAAAACUGACAGAGUCGUUCCCUAACCCUUUGAAGGAUGUUUUAAAUUCAAGUAAGAUUGUGGGGUUCCCUACCCCCCCCCCAUGAAUUGAUUGUAAUUGAUUCCACCCAAGAACUUCUGGAUAACUCCAUUACAAUGUUAGAACAAACACUCCUUUCUGUAUUAAGGAGUUCCCAAGGUGGUCACACUAAUGGAAUGGUACACUGAAAUGGAAUUUGUAGAGAACCAAGUCACAAUUUGCUCAGAACUGUGCCUUAUUUUGCAACGUGUUGCGUUCUGGAGAGAUGAGUAACAUAAUGUGCUGAAAAUUCUAUCAAGCAAUGCCAAGUGGAAAUCAUGCUUCUCCAUUCCUCCUCGCCUCAUGUUAAUUCUGCUCCACUGUCCUUGGUAAAUUGAAUGUUCCAAGCACAACCUUGUGUGUUGUUUGGGCAAACUGGUCACUGUGAUGCCACAAUCUUCAGUCCUAAAUGUUAUCCUUAGGAAGAAUUGACUGGACAAUAAAUGCCAGCUUUGACAUUCAGGUACGUUUUGAGAUUCCUCAAGCAUUUGGGGAGAGAGGUACAGCAUCCUUGGUAUCAAAUAAUAGCUAUUACAGCUAAUAUGGGAGAAGGUAAAAUCAAUAGAGCCUGGGAUGUUGAAUUCCUUUUUGUUUCAGCCCGCAGCAUCUAUAAGGACAGGAGUGCUG